AUGCUGAGCCUUUUCAAACUCUUGUUUAUCCUAAGCACGGGCACCAUCACAUUUGCAUCACCUUCCAGACGCCCGGUCGACCCCCCGCUACUCAAACGAGACAACAUCAAUCCAUCCUUCUCCAACCCCAAUGCGGAACCCGUUGGGAUCGUUAUCGACCCCACUGUUCAAAGGGAUUCGUGCGUGACAAGCCCUACGCUUGUCAAUGGAAGAUCGUUCUGGCUGUGUCGUGAUACGGACAAGCUCACGAAUGAGGACAUCACCACCAUCAAUCCCUUCAUUGUCCACAGCAGUGCCGCCUGGUCCAACAUGACCUCUAGUGGGCCAGAGCUGCUACCUAUACCUCCAGCUUCUCAGCAAGGCAACACACAAUUGACCUACAACUACACAUCUCAGCUGCUUCAAUAUCCCCCAGGCUACACGAAGGGUGGCUAUGUCCCGUAUGUGGUGGGCGGUGACGAAUGUUCUAAUACAUUUGGCGAUCCCGGUACGGAUUGCGCCCCAACGACCGAAGUCAUCAUCUACCCUAACUCACCUGCGUAUCCGGUCGCCAGCCCCUCAGGGUCCACUUUCAUGGCCCUUUACGAGCCGAUCAUCAACACCACGAACACCGCGAACGACAACAUCGAGUGCUCGCUCUAUUUCCUCGGGUACAAUCACUCGAGCAACUUAACGACUCUCCCGACCAUCUCUUUGUGGAAAGAGGCUUUCUUCCCAAAAGGCGCCUAUUGCUAUGGCUCAUAUGGGGGUAUCGUCAAUGAGGUAGACAAUUAUCUCUAUCUCUAUGGCCAGACGUACAACCGUUCCAGUACAGCUCUUGCGAGAGUACCUCUCAACGAGUACCUCAACAUCAACGAGUAUCAAUACUACUACAACAAUGGCACUUGGUCCAACGUUCAGCCACACGUUGAUGACGCCGAUGCCAAUCUGAACGGACAGUUCGUGCAGCCAGCUACUCCUGGUGUCCCUGCUCAGGGCUAUGGCCAGGGAACUUUCUUCUACUCUGACUAUGUCGGCAGAUAUGUCUGGCUAGGUCAAACGCAUUUCGAGCAAUGGGAGCCCGGUGUUCAGGUUGGAGUCUCAACUUCAGCGAACCCGUAUGGACCCUGGACGGCGGCCCAGAACAUUACACUACUGCCCCACGGCAAUCCUUUUGGAUACUCGUCAGUCGUUCACCCCGAGAUGUCUACAAACGAUCAAGAUGUAUGGCUCUCUUACACCGCUUAUGUGAGACUCAACGACACAAAUUACUACACCCAGCCCCUUUACAAAUUCGAGUGGUCGUCAUCAUCUGCUUCUCCGGGACUAUGA